UUGUACCUGGAUGCGGAUGUUCAGAGUUGGGAUUUAACUUUCCUGCGCUUGCGGCGUCCCCGGGAUCCCCGGCAGGGGGCGCUGAGAGCGAGCUCAGGAAGAGGACGAGAGGAUGCUAGGAGCCCUCGGUGCUGGGUGAGUGGGUGGAGGUCCGAGUCAGCAGAGCGAGACCAGGCGGAUCUUGCAGUGAUUUCACAGAGGUGGAGGAUGGUGGAGGAGUUGGUCAGUUGACCUGAGGGAGCUGUCAGCCUUGUUAGAAGAAGGGACAGGAAAGGUGGUUUCCAAACUCAAGGCCCUUAAGUAGAAAGACUCCUUUCAGAGACAAACGUAUCCUUGUAAACUGUUCCUGUUUGUGCAUCUGUCUUCCUCCCUGUGACCGCUGUAUUUACUCAGAAAGAAAUCGAAAUUGAGUGAAGAUAAGUGACGACUGUCUCAUGGAGAGAAGGGUCUCGGCGCAGAUCUGUGUGGGAAGGCUCCAAGCAGGAAGGCUCUGGUAUGUGAGAGUUGGGCUGCCCUGCCUGAGCGACUGUGGAUCCUUUGUGUGAUACAUGAUCAAGGAAACACUCCAUCCCUUCCCUCCUUGGCACUUUCCCCACAUGACGGGACGACGAGCUUCUGGUUAAAGACAAGUGUCCAGAGCCUAAGGUCUCCUGCCCACCAUGAAGGGACCCUGCAUCAUUGCGUGGCUCUUCUCAAGCCUGGGAUGGUGGAGACUCGCCCAGCCGGAGACAGAUGCAUCUCAGUGCCAGAGAGCAGAGCACCCGGUCAUUUCCUAUAAAGAAAUUGGCCCCUGGUUGCAGGAGUUCAGAGCGAAGAAUGCUGUGGAUUUCUCGCAGUUAACAUUUGACCCAGGACAGAAAGAACUUCUUGUAGGAGCAAGAAACUACCUCUUCAGAUUACAGCUUGAGGAUUUGUCUCUGAUCCAGGCUGUGGAGUGGGAGUGUGAUGAAGCAACCAAGAAGGCCUGUUACAGCAAAGGCAAGUCCCAGGAGGAAUGUCAGAACUACAUCCGGGUACUGUUGGUGGGUGGCGACAGGUUAUUUACCUGUGGAACCAACGCUUUCACGCCGGUCUGCACCAACCGCACGCUGAGUAACCUGACGGAGAUCCAUGAUCAGAUCAGCGGCAUGGCACGCUGUCCUUACAGCCCUCGGCACAAUUCCACGGCUCUCCUCACGGCGGGCGGGGAGGUCUAUGCAGCCACGGCCAUGGAUUUCCCCGGACGCGAUCCCGCCAUUUACCGAAGUCUGGGCGUCUUGCCCCCUCUCCGCACCGCGCAGUACAACUCCAAAUGGCUCAACGAACCAAACUUCGUGUCAUCUUAUGACAUCGGGAAUUUCACCUACUUCUUCUUCCGCGAAAACGCCGUGGAGCAUGACUGUGGGAAGACCGUGUUCUCCAGAGCUGCCCGCCUUUGCAAGAACGACAUCGGGGGCCGGUUCCUGCUGGAGGACACAUGGACCACGUUCAUGAAGGCCCGUCUCAACUGCUCCCGCCCUGGCGAGCUCCCUUUCUACUACAAUGAGCUGCAGGGCACCUUCUUCCUGCCUGAGCUGGAUCUGAUCUACGGCAUCUUUACCACCAAUGUGAACAGCAUCGCUGCCUCUGCCGUGUGCGUCUUCAACCUCAGCGCCAUCUCGCAGGCCUUUAACGGGCCCUUCAAGUACCAGGAGAGCUCUCGGUCCGCCUGGCUACCGUAUCCCAACCCUAACCCCAACUUCCAGUGCGGCACCAUGGACCAGGGCCUGUACGUGAACCUGACGGAAAGGAACCUGCAGGAUGCUCAGAAGUUCAUCCUGAUGCAUGAGGUGGUACAACCAGUGACUGCAGUGCCCUCCUUCAUGGAGGACAACAGCCGCUUUUCCCACGUGGCCGUCGACCUGGUGCAGGGCAGGGACGCGCUCAUCCACAUCAUUUAUUUGGCCACAGAUUACGGCACCAUUAAAAAAGUGCGGGCGCCCCUGACUCAGACCUCGGGCAGCUGUUUGCUGGAAGAGAUGGAGCUCUUCCCCGAGAGGCGGCCGGAGCCUAUCAGAAGCCUGCAGAUCCUCCACAGCCAGAGCGUCCUGUUCGUGGGUCUGCGGGAGCACGUGGCCAAGAUCCCACUGAAGAGGUGCCAGUUCCACCACACGCGCAGUGCCUGCAUUGGGGCCCAGGACCCUUACUGUGGCUGGGAUUCGGUGAUGAAGAAAUGCACGAGCCUGGAGGAGAGCCUGAGCAUGAUGCAGUGGGAGCAGAGCAUCUCCACCUGUCCUACGAGGAAUCUCACCGUGGAUGGGCACUUCGGCGCGUGGUCAGCGUGGACGCCAUGCACGCACACAGACGGCAGCACCGUGGGAUCCUGCCUCUGCCGGACCCGCUCCUGCGACAGCCCGGCCCCCCAGUGCGGCGGCUGGCAGUGCGAGGGCCCCCGCAUGGAGAUCGCUAACUGUUCCAGGAGUGGAGGCUGGACCCCCUGGACCUUGUGGUCUCCCUGCAGCACCACCUGCGGGAUCGGCUUCCAGGUGCGCCAGAGGUCCUGCAGCAACCCUACUCCGCGACACGGGGGCCGGGUGUGUGUGGGACAGAACCGCGAGGAAAGAUACUGCAAUGAGCAUCUGCUGUGCCCCCCACACAUGUUCUGGACAGGCUGGGGUCCCUGGGAACGGUGCACAGCACAGUGUGGAGGCGGCAUUCAAGCUCGCCGCAGAACCUGCGAGAAUGGUCCUGACUGUGCGGGCUGUAGUGUGGAGUACCAGCCUUGUAAUACCAACCCAUGCCCUGAGCUGAAAAAGACCACACCCUGGACGCCCUGGACGCCUGUCAACAUCUCUGACAAUGGGGGCCACUACGAGCAGCGAUUUCGGUACACGUGCAAGGCCCGCCUGCCUGAUCCAAACUUGCUGGAAGUGGGAAGGCAGAGAAUUGAGAUGCGGUACUGUUCUAGUGAUGGAACCAGCAGCUGCUCCACCGACGGACUUUCUGGUGAUUUCCUGCGUGCUGGGAGAUACUCCUCCCACACCAUCAACGGGGCCUGGUCAGCCUGGACCUCAUGGUCACAGUGCAGCCGAGACUGCAGCAGGGGCAUUCGCAACCGGAAGCGUGUUUGCAACAACCCGGAGCCCAAGUUUGGGGGCAUGCCUUGCCUGGGCCCCUCCCUGGAAUACCAGGAAUGCAACAUCUUGCCCUGCCCAGUGGAUGGCGUGUGGUCUUGCUGGUCCUCCUGGUCAAAGUGCUCAGCGACAUGUGGAGGUGGACAUUAUAUGAGGACCCGCUCGUGCACAAACCCAGCCCCCGCCUAUGGAGGCGACAUCUGCCUGGGCCUGCACACGGAAGAGGCUCUCUGCAACACGCAGCCCUGCCCCGAGAGCUGGUCGGAGUGGUCAGAAUGGUCCGAGUGUGAUGUGUCUGGGGUCCAGGUCCGCAUCCGCCAGUGCAUUCUUCUGUUCCCCGUGGGAAGCCAGUGUUCCGGAAACACCACGGAGAGCCGGCCCUGUGUUUUUGAUUCCAAUUUCCUCCCGGAAGUAUCUGUGGCAAGAUCCAGCAGCGUAGAAGAGAAAAGGUGUGGAGAGUUCAACUUGUUCCACAUGAUCGCCGUGGGGCUCAGCAGCUCCAUCCUGGGCUGCCUUCUUACGCUGCUUGUCUACACCUACUGCCAGCGGUACCAGCAGCAGUCCCACGAUGCCACCGUCAUCCACCCCGUUGCACCCGCCCCUCUCAACACCAGCAUAACUAACCACAUCAACAAACUGGACAAGUAUGACUCGGUGGAGGCCAUCAAGGCAUUUAACAAAAACAACUUGAUCUUAGAGGAAAGAAACAAAUACUUCAACCCACAUCUCACUGGGAAGACCUAUUCUAAUGCCUACUUUACAGAUCUCAAUAACUAUGAUGAGUACUAAGAGUUCUUCUAUUUUUGGCUUCCUGUAACUGCCCCAGUUCCUCAAGGCCUGUGCUCCAUGACUGCCCGUGUCUCCAAGACUUCAGAGAUGGAGUUUGGGUACUCUCAAGUGCAUUUCAAGCCACUAGUGUCCCAUUGCUGCCAAAAAGACACAUUCUUAAAAGCAACAAAAAUCUAAUCGUGAAAAUCUGGUCUACAAUUCUUGAUCAUUGUUUAAUGAGCCAUGGUGUGCAGGGUUUUUUUUAUUGUGUUCAGUCCAUUUUUCCAACAAGUCAGUUGUUUUCUUGAGCUUUUUCAUAACUGUACCACCCACAAUGGAAGAAGUCUUUAGAAAUGUGAACAUCUUCUUGACCUUGAGCGUAAAUCUUCAUGAUGUUUUAAUUCAAGAAAUUAGGCACUUUAUAUGAGAGCCUCCCCACCUCCGCACGGUUUAUAGUAUUGAUAAAAUGAAGAAUCUGAAUGUGGCCAUACAGUGACUCACCAUGGAUCUCCAUCUUCUCAAUCUGAAUGAUACUGUGUAUGUUUGGACUUGGAAUGCUUCUUGCCUGAGGUCACCCAGGGAUUCAACCUGGCUUAUAUCUGUAAAGGUGAUGGUAUGAGGUGUGAGAUGCUCUACCCUUGGUCUUGUUGCCAUUACUGUAUUGUCCCUGGGGUAGGUGAGUGUAAAGAGCAGAGGUACAGACACGAUGAAGGGGGAACGUGUUCUACAUGCUGUCGUGAAGCUCGCCUUAUUCUGACUUGUGGAUUUCAUGGCAUUUCAGGGAGCUCCUUGUCGCGCAUCAGCCUGGUAGCCCACCUGUCUGUCCACAGUAACAUCCUAAAGAACCACUCUGUAAAAUAACCACUUGUUUAGCAUUUGGAUAACAGACUCUACACCUCCCCUCUCUCUGCAAAGAAAAAUCUUGAACAUUCAUGAUACUGAUGAAGAAAGUAUUGAAAGGACUGAAAUAUAAUUGAAGACAACUUUUUUUUUUAUUUUCCUUGUUACAGAAAGUAUUGAAAAACAUGACAUUUAAUGAAAAGCAACUUUUUUAUUUUCCGUCUCCCUGAUAGAACUAAUGUAUGGCCAUCAGCCCCUACCAAGAGCAUUAAUGAUGUGUAAAGCUGGCUUUCUGCAGCUUGUUGCUGUACAUAUUGAAGUGCUCCCCAAGUACCAAGCUGUCAUUUGCUUCCUCUAGUUCAGGUGAGGAGAUGUUCACCUCUGGUGCCUCUUGUUUUUGAUCUCAGUGCUGCUUUGCCAUCCAUCCACUCCCACUUCUCCCUGCAUGGGGGCAGCAGCAUUUCAAGAAGUACCUUGAGAGGUCAGGGUGUUGGCAAGUAAGGAUUUUAAUGAUUCCAUGGUUCUGAGCUUCGAUCAUUCAUAAGCAUUUCAGGGUGUUUUGAUACUAUCCAGAGGGAUCCCCAGGAGAAAAAAAAAAAAAAAACAGGGUAGAUUACUCGCAAAAAACUGAUGCAUAACAUAUGGCAGUUGGUUGAAUAAUUAUUGAAAGUAAGAACAAGAUUGAAAUUAUUCAUUUUAUGCCUCUGGGUGUUGUGAUAAAGGCCUGGGUGGACAUAAAGACAUGUUCUUAUUGAUAAAUGAAACUUCAGAGCUGGGAAAACUUACAGUGUGGGCAUUGAGGGACACAGACUUUUAGCCUACACAGGUUGGUUAGGUUUUCACCCUAUCCAAUUUAAAGAUUUGAAAAAUCCUAUGUUUAGUAAUGAAUGUUGAUGAGUUCAAAAUAUUCUUAUAUGCCCAAAUUUUCAGAAACGGCUCUACUAAAAUUAAAGUCUAAAUUGCAGUUGGGCUCUGGGAGGUCUGAUAGAUUUCAAAUGAAUGAUUUUCCGGGUCUUUCCAGUGGGAAGUUCAUGUUACAUCUCCCGUAUUCCUUGUAUGCUGUAUGAGAUUGCUCUGUUUCUACGCAAAGUCCACACUUAGGAAGUGAAAUUUAGCCAGAUAGUUUUCUAAUUUUCCUUGGGUUGGAUUUUCAUUGGAUGCUUCAACCCGUCUCAUCACUUUCCUAUAAGAAAAAUGUCCUCAUUUGUGUAGCGUAUUUUAGCCGGUUUUUUAAUUCCUCCCCCGCAAUAUUUUCAAAGCUUAAAAGUUCAUUCUCUUUCCCCUAGGAAAGAGGAUACUGAUAUUUCAAAAAAGUAUCACUGGACUCGAUGGGAAAUGCUUCCCAAAUGACAUCAAAGUUGGUCUUUAAUCAAUCUUGUGCAAUGACUAGGGAAACCACCCUUCCCUACAAUGGAAUUUUCAUGUUGUUGAUUACAUAAAUCUUUACAAUUAUCACUGCAAAGAAAUUCACUCAUUUUUGUUUCCUGACACUCUAUUCAAAAGAAAAUUGUUCUCCUCUCUCUCGUCCUCCUUCCCUCCCUCCAUCCCGCCUUCUUACUUAACAGGAUAUCAGUUUGUUUAGUUUUAGCUAUAAUCCAAGUAUUUUAAGAAUCUAUGGAAUAACUUUUGUUUUCCCAUCAGUGUAGAGCUGUUGCUUAUGUGUUUAUGCUUCCCCUCCGUAGCCCUCAUCAAGCCGCCAUGUGAUGGGCUUUCACAUUGGUACCUACCACUUCUGCUGGAACCUUCAUAAAGCACCUCUUCCUUAGGCUGGGAUGGUUGGGAUUCCUGCCAACACUUGUCACCUUUUAAAUUACUGUGUGAUUUCUUCAUUCUCUUUAUCUUUUCCCUCCCUCCCUUCUUUCCUUCCUUCCUUCCUUCCUUCCUUUCGUUCUGGUACAAGCGGUACAGAUAGAGACUAAUAUUUUUAAAUUGCAUCUCUCUGAGCCUAACAUCAAAUGACAUUAAUCACAGUUUAAUUUCUAGGGUUAUUUCUGGGUACAAUUGAAGUUUGGCUGGUUUUCAUUAGGAAACUGGCUUUAAUCUCACAUUUAAAUUCUUUGGAAGUGAUUCCCCGUGCUCAGUGCUUUCUCUAGACUAGACUAGUCACUGUUAAUAUCAACCCUGCAGUGCCACAGAAUCCCUGCUCGCUGCAUAGGGGGUGACCUUCCCCAAAUAGCUCUGAAGAUGAUGGCUUUGAUGACACUGAGGGCUUUGUCACCCUGAAUGAGAUGGACUCCUGUGAAUUCUGAGGUGCUCUGGGGGGCACAGGAUCAGCCUCUGUUGCGUGAAGACCCAGCAUCCCCAGACUUGGGUGUUUCCUUACCCAGUUGUCUGACUCGCUUUAGGCAUGUUUCUGUGCUGCUGUCCCUGGACGCUUAUGGGAGGUUCUGAACUUCCCUUCUCCUUCAGAGACAUUUCACUAAGCCUAUAGAUUCUGACUAGAAUCGGCAUUAAUAUUGGGAAAAAAGAGGGUUCGCUGUGUGUGUCAAGGGUGGGCAGAGAUUUUAAAGGAACUGAGAGGAAUAAAGGGUGAGUGGACGUGAGGGCCCCCUGCCGUGAAGAAGCCUCUGUCCCCAGGAGGGUUCAGCCCAUGGGAACGGCAUGAGCCACGGGUCUGGCCCCAUUGACUCACCAGUGAUGCAAAGAGAAAGGAAGUGAAUGUGGGAGAAGGUGACCUUGAAAAGAAGGGUACCUGGUCCCUCCCAGCCGAGUGUCCUGGACAGUCCCAGGUGGGGACCCACGAUCUGCUUGCGCAGUCCUGUGGGCUGAUCCCUGGAUCUUGUGGGAUCAACUGCCCAGAGUGCAGGCAAAGGUGCCUCUAUUUCCUUAUUUAUUUGCAAAAGGGUGAAAUUAAUGAGAAUCAAAGCCUGUGUGGUGAGAGUUCCCACUGGAGACUUUGGUAGAGUUCGUGAGUCAGAUGCCUUUCAAGUUAUGGACAAAGUCUCAGCAGGGGAAUCCCAGGGGCUACCUAAAGGGAUGCUGUUUGUGUAACCACAGAUCAAAGGAGAUUUUAUUAAAAAAUAUAUCAGGUCUGCGUUCAGCUAGUCAUUUUGUGUAAACACGUCCUUAAUGCACAUUGGAGGUGCAGCCUCCUUAGUGUCUGAAUUUACAAAUAUUCCAGUGCCCCUUUAUGAGAUUUCCCUCACUUUUAGAGUCAAUCAUGUCCAUUACCCCAACACUGUCAAACCACUUUCAGCAUUGACUUAGCCCUGCGGGCAUCAACUUUCCUUAGCCCCAGGGUGUCUUUUAUAUUUCAGUGGAGUUUUCUUAUGUGUGGCAUUUUGGGGUAACUAUAUUUAAUUCUGUCUUUCUGUUUCAGAAAGUGACUCUGGAACAUCUAUCCAGAGGCAACAGGUAGGGUAGCAGUAGUGGAUGCCAAGCACUGAGUCUGCCUCCAGGCCGCUGCUCUCCAUGUGGCAGGGCUGUGCUUAAAUCUCACAGCUCCAAUAAUCCUUGUCCGUGAAGGCAGAGAAUUAAAACACUAACCUUAAAUCUACUCAUAUGCAAACUCUCUGCUCUUAUUUUUUAAGAUGAUGCAAAUUGGAGUACACAGAUCUCAUUGGCCAUGCCCAGCACAUUUAUUCCUUCUACUGUUUCUAUCAUUUCAUGGUAAUUUAUGUUGGCUUGGUGAUUCAUGUUGACAUGACAUUACCAAAAUUGAUUACCUCUGAUUACCUAUCCUUAACUAUUAUCAGACACUAGAAAGCCAUUCUGAUCAAUGGGUGUGAAGUGGGAGAACAUUCAUCUUGGCCUGAGAAAUGUACAAAAGGGAAUGCCAAAUAUUUCAAAUGUAUUACCAUGUAAGAUAAAAUAUUUGGAGACCAGUGGCCAUUGUGGAAUUUAUUUCUGCUGUUCUCUCCUAUUGAAGUCAUUAAUAUUAGUUGAUUUAAAGAUGUUUUGUAACUCUAUAAAUACAGAACCAAUGCAUUCUGGUUAUCCAUCUUGAUAACCUGAUAAAACACAAGAAAAUAUAUUGCUUUCAUCCUUGCUUAUUUUCUCUUUUGGAAAUUGAAAAGUAAUGAACAAGAUGUAAAGUUGGACCAUUGGCAGGGAUUUUUAAAAUGACUAUUCCAUAAUCUUUUUUAUGGUUUUAUGUUAAAGAUGUGUUAUAGAUAUUUUUGUAGCAGAUGGAUCAAAGUGAGAUUUUUUUAAUGAUCAUAUGUUGCAUCAUCAAAAAUUUGGUACAUGUUUCAGAAGCGUUAAGAAUGGCGACCUGUUCUCUUUUGAAAAUGUAAGUUCACAUUGCAAAGGGUCUAAGAGCAUCAUCAAAACCAAAAUCAGAGCCUGACAUGAAUGUACUGUUCCUAGUGAAAGGUGUCUCAUAUAGUAUUUUCAAAAGACCGUAUUAGUUUUGCCAUAGAAAAGAAAAAAAGCUAUCAAGCUUGUUUCCCAUGAUUCAGUACUAAUUCUCAUUCAGGCAAACAUGUUUUACUUUGUUGCCAUGAUGACAGUAACUAGUGAAAUAUACUUUAAGACCAGAAGGGAGAAAAAUUGAGAUAGAAAACCACUCUAUGGUAUUUCUUAAACUAACGUGUUGGAUGGGCAAUAGAAUUCAUUCCACCCCUUGCAUAUCAGUCAGAAAUCUGAGGCCAGCAGUUCAAACACGAUCCUGUACUUUCUCAGAUUUUUGGCAACUUAAUGCCAAAAAUGGUCCAAAUAUUAUAGCUCAAAAUGAUCCCCAUUUUAGAUAAAUACAAGCUGAAGAGCAAAAUCUGGAUUUCAGAAAAUCCAAACUAUCCUCCUAACAUGUCACUAAGAAAGAGCCUGAUUAGUAAGUGCAGAUGGCUUAAUUUCCUAUUAAAAGUUGCCAGUGCCUUGUUUAAGGUAAUGAUUUAUCAUUUCAUCUGGAUAUUAUUGGUUGAAAGCAGAGGACUGAUUGGCUAUACUUUGAAGAAAAUCAUUCUUAUAUGCCUCUUUGAACUCAGGAAUAGAAAAUGAACAAGAAGCACAUCAUCGUCAGAUGUGAUUUCCACCCGCACUGCGGCUAUGAUGCCAGAAUGGGUGCCACGAUGUGUUCAGAAUUUAGGUGAACCCAGCCUUCCAGAAACUGACAUCACUUUAAUUCUACAUUUUCCAAAAAACACCUUAACGUUCGUUCUGUAGUAGGAAUGUCAAUAGGAUGCCUAUAGAAGUUAGAGGGUUUUGUUACUGUCUGUCUUCAGGCAAGUCUGUAGAUACAGGAAAAUCAGACAUAGGCUGGUGAUGACUGGCACAGAUAUGGUGAGUGGAAUGAGAACCACCUAGAAUAUGGCCUGCUGUUUGUUUGAACUCAAUGUCAAACUUGCUUCAUAAGUUCACAAAGUUUUCAUUCUUAGUCUGGGUUAAGAAAGUUAACAGUGUUUUCUCUGCUAAAUUUGAUUCCUUUUCCCCUGUACCAUGACCAUUGGCCAAAAUCAGAAUUGAACUUCCGCACUUUGGGAGAAAGCACACUAUGAACCUUCAACACAAGCACCUACAUCCACCACCAAAAUUCUACACUGUCUGCAAGGGAAGUGCACAAACUCGGUCCAAGCAUUCUUCAAAAGUGUGUAACUAAAUUUGUGUGUUAUGCCACUUGAUGUGACUUUUGAAGAUGUUAUGAAAUGUUAAAUGCCUCAUUCUGUGUUAAUUUGCUGUUGCUGUUUUGUGAUACAAAAUAAACUUAUUUGGGAUUAUUUCA